GGCCCCUCCUCUGCAAAGGUGCCAACUGAAGGUGUUGGAGAACAAAGGGAUCAGGAGCUGGGCUGCCAGAUCCUCUCCCUUCCAGAACACACCGACGCUCUGUUGUUGAGUAUCUCAUGAGGGUCCUUCUUCAACAGCAGAUACGUCUCUGGUCUCCAUGCUGUCACACUGCCCUAGCCUUGGGCCAUGAGGAGAAGCUGGAGCACACAGUUUGUCCCUUGGGGUCUCCUCCCACACUGCAGGAGUCCGAGGCUUCCUCACAAGUGCCUGUGACCUCUCCAUUGCCAGCUGGUGGCUCUGCGGGGCUGUGAAGCUUGGGGCCCAGCUGUCUCUCCUGCAGUGGAUUUCCCUUCGGAAGCAACGUGAGAGCCUGACUUGCCCGUAAGCCAUGACGGUGAUGGCUGUGCAGAUGGGGGGCCUGGCCCUGUCGGUGCUGGGCUGGCUGGGCACCAUCCUGACCUGUGCGCUGCCCAUGUGGAAGGUGACGGCCUUCAUUGGCUCCAACAUCAUCGUGGCUCAGGUGUUCUGGGAGGGGCUGUGGAUGAACUGUGUGUACGAGAGCACAGGCCAAAUGCAGUGCAAGGUCUACGACUCGCUGCUGGACCUCUCCUCGGACCUCCAGGCAGCCCGAGCCCUAGUUGUGGUCUCCAUUGUGGUGUCCUUCCUUGCCCUCCUUAUUGCCAUCUUUGGGGCCGAGUGCACCAGGUGCGUCGAUGACAAGGGGGCCAAGGCCAAGAUCUCCAUCACCGCCGGGGCUGUCUUCAUUCUGGCCGGGAUUGGUCUGCUCAUCCCUGUGUCCUGGUCGGCCAACACCAUCAUCAGCAACUUCUACAACCCCAUGGUGCCAGAGGCUUUAAAGAGGGAGCUGGGGGCUUCCCUCUAUGUGGGCUGGGCCGCAAGUGCCCUCUUGGUGUUUGGGGGGGCCAUACUGUGCUGCUCCUGCCCCCCCAGCCAAGAUGCGCCAUACCCCAUGAAGUAUAAAGUGGUGAAGCACUCCAGCCUGGGGAGCUAUGCCCUUAAGAACUAUGUGUGAGGAGCCCUGCCUUGCCCUCCCUGGAGACCCCCCUCUCGCCCCAUCCCAUCCCACGUGUUCGCAGGGGCCCCUUUACAGCCAUCCAAACAGAUGUUGGCUUCAAGUCGAAGUGUGUGAAAUUUGUAGGGGUUCCUCUCCCAGUCCGGGUCCUGCCCCACAUGUAUCCUCCCACCUGCAUCUCACCC